AUGUCUUUACAAAAGUCAGCGUUAAGGGGCCUUUCUCUCCAGGCGCUCGGCCUAGGAGAGGACUGGAAUGUGGAGAAGGGGACAUCAGCAGGUGGAGGGCAGAAGGUCAGGCUGCUGAAGAAAGCUCUGGAAAAACACGCAGACAAGGAGGACCUGGUCAUUCUCUUCACAGACAGCUACGAUGUGGUGUUUGCAUCGGGGCCCCGGGAACUCCUGAGGAAGUUCCGGCAGGCCAAGAGCCAGGUGGUCUUCUCAGCCGAGGAGCUCAUCUACCCGGACCGCAGACUGGAAGCCAAGUAUCCGGCAGUCUCUGAUGGCAAGAGGUUCCUGGGCUCUGGAGGCUUCAUCGGCUACGCUCCCAACCUCAGGGAGCUGGUGGCUGAGUGGGAGGGCAAGGACAGCGACAGCGACCAGCUCUUUUACACUAAGAUCUUCUUGGACCCGGAGAAGAGGGAGCGGGUCAAUAUUACCCUGGACCACCGCUGCCGUAUCUUCCAGAACCUGGAUGGAGCCUUGGAUGAGGUCGUGCUCAAGUUUGAAAUGGGCCAUGUGAGAGCGCGGAAUCUGGCUUACGACACCCUCCCAGUCCUGAUCCAUGGCAAUGGGCCCACCAAGCUGCAGCUGAACUACCUGGGCAACUACAUCCCACGCUUCUGGACCUUCGAGACGGGCUGUACCGUGUGUGACGAGGGCCUGCGCAGCCUCAAGGGGAUCGGGGAUGAAGCUCUGCCCACUGUCCUGGUCGGUGUGUUCAUCGAGCAGCCCAUACCGUUCCUGUCCCUGUUCUUCCAGCGGCUCCUGCGCCUCCACUACCCCCAGAAGCAGAUGCGACUUUUCAUUCACAACCACGAACAGAACCAUAAGGCUCGGGUAGAGCAGUUCCUGGCAGAGCACGGCGACGAGUACCAUUCUGUGAAGCUGGUGGGCCCUGAGGUGCGGAUGACAAAUGCAGAUGCCAGGAACAUGGGCGCAGACCUGUGUCGGCAGGACCGCAGCUGCGCCUACUACUUUAGUGUGGAUGCUGACGUGGCCUUGACGGAGCCCGAAAGCCUGCGCCUGCUUAUUGAACAGAACAAGAACGUCAUUGCACCGCUGAUGACCCGCCACGGGAGGCUGUGGUCGAACUUCUGGGGAGCACUGAGUGCAGAUGGCUACUACGCCCGCUCUGAGGAUUAUGUGGACAUCGUGCAGGGGCGGCGUGUCGGUGUCUGGAAUGUGCCCUAUAUCUCAAACAUCUACUUGAUCAAGGGCAGUGCCCUGCGGGCUGAGCUGCAGACCACAGACCUGUUCCGCUACAGCAAGCUGGACCCCGACAUGGCCUUCUGCGCCAAUAUCCGGCAGCAGGGUGUAUUCAUGUUCCUGACCAACCGGCACACCUUUGGCCACCUGCUCUCCCUGGACAGCUACCAGACCACCCACCUCCACAACGACCUCUGGGAGGUGUUCAGCAACCCCGAGGACUGGAAGGAGAAGUACAUCCAUGAAAACUACACCAAGGCACUGGCGGGGAAGCUCGUGGAAACGCCCUGUCCAGAUGUCUACUGGUUCCCCAUCUUCACGGAGGCAGCCUGUGACGAGCUGGUGGAGGAGAUGGAACACUUUGGCCAGUGGUCUCUGGGUGACAACAAGGACAACCGCAUCCAGGGCGGCUAUGAAAACGUGCCGACCAUUGACAUCCACAUGAACCAGAUCAGCUUUGAGCGGGAAUGGCACAAGUUCCUUGUGGAAUACAUCGCACCCAUAACCGAGAAGCUCUACCCUGGCUACUACACCAGGGCCCAGUUUGACUUGGCCUUUGUGGUCCGCUACAAACCUGAUGAGCAGCCUGCAUUGAUGCCGCAUCAUGACGCCUCCACCUUCACGAUCAACAUCGCCCUGAACCGGGUCGGGGUGGACUAUGAGGGCGGCGGCUGUCGGUUCCUGCGCUACAACUGCUCCAUCCGAGCCCCAAGGAAGGGCUGGGCCCUCAUGCACCCCGGGCGACUCACGCACUACCACGAAGGGCUCCCCACCACCAGGGGCACUCGCUACAUCGCAGUCUCCUUUGUUGAUCCCUAAUUGACCAAGCCAUCCCGCUCGGACCUUGCUUCUUUGCCAAAAACCACUGCCCAGCAGUCUCUGGAGCCUCGGGGUCCCAGGGAACCCAGUCCAGCCUCCAGGCUCUCAACUUCCCAUUGCUCUUGGAGCUGCCAAUCGGAGAGAUUCAGAGAGACGCACACAGGCUGGAGGUGAGCAUACCUCUGGGGCCUUCCAUGGGACCCAGGGCCCAGAUCUUGGAGACGCUGUUCAUUAUUCCUGCUUUGUAGUGACUCGCCCUCCCCAGCCCAACUUUUUAAAAUCCAAGUUCCUCUUCUUCCACUUCUUCCAUGGGGCGAGAUGUGAGCAGAUGGAGACUUCCCGGAGUUGCCCAGAGAGACUAGGGGCGAGAAGCCCAUCUCCAGAGCUCCUCCCAGGCAGAGCUGCAGCCUCAGGAAUUUCUGCUUUGCGACUCGGGGUGAAGAGAUCCGGAUCAGAGCCAAGUUCCCACCCUGAGCCUGGGACUGCUGAAGCCCCUUCCUCCAUGCCUCUUGUCACGAGAGCAAACCAAUGUCUCCUGGAGACAGUGACUCAAAAAACUUCCUCCUGAGAGUUAUUCACAAAAGGCACCUAUGCACAGCUCAGUCCCCUACUUGCUGGGGGCGGAGGGAUAAGUCCACACACUGCACUGGGUUCCCCUGCUCUGGAUGCCUCUGGAGAGAAUGACAGUCAGAAACAGGAGAGUCUCUAUUAAAGGUUGUUCAAACCACUGA